AUGCCUGGACAACAAACGUUAUUUAAUUGUGGUGUAAAACGAAAAAGGGAUGACCAAUGUGAUAAAGUCAGAGACUCGGAUGAUAAUAAUGACAUUGACACAAUUUCAAACGCUAAAAACUUGAAAAGGGAAUGUAUACCUGGAAAUCUGAAUGGAAAAGAACAUUUCCGUGAGUUCUACGAGGCCACAAAGGACCAUUUAUUUGCGACACAGGCACGCCAUUCCAUACAAAAGAACAUUACUGUGCAGAAAGUUGUCGAGUCGCUUAAUGAACAAGACCAGGAACAGGAUACCGAUUCAAUUACGGCACAACUGAACACUAUGUAUUACAUAGCCAAACAGGGGGUUGCCCUGAAUCAGUUUGACAAGAUUAUAGAACUUCAGGUCAAGAACAACUGUCCAGGGUUACAGAAUCCAAAGAAAAUAUAUACAAGUGAGGAGUCGAAGACCGAGCUCCUAGAUGCUAUCAAUGCUACACUAGACGAGAACCUGACUGAAAACUUACACAAAUCAGAUUACAUUGGUCUUGUACAGACAUUACAGUGCACAAAAAAUUGAAUGUGUAUGUGAAGUGUUUAGUCUCUAAUGAACCAAAAGUUCACUUCUUGGAGUGUAUUAAUGUUCAAAAUGGAACAGCAGACACCAUAGUUACAGCUGUUAAGGAACUUUUCACAGAGAAAAAUAUACCUCUAGACAAAGUUGUAACUCUCGCAAGUGAUGGAGCCAGUGUUAUGACGGGUA